UGCUGCCGAGGUAGCUGCCCAUGACGGCGAAAGCGCUGUUAGUGAUAGAUGCAAUUUCCAUGGAGUUACUCUCCGACAGUCCACUCUACAUUUGCGAAUGCUUGACACAUCGGUAUUGACAAAACGAGUCGUGAUGACCAUGAAGAUGGCGCAUUUGACUGUAUAUCGCAGUUUUCUGAAUUGUUCUUGCACCCCAAGACCAGUUUGGACCCGCGGACAAUAUCACGACUGCUAAUUAUCAUCUAACGACUCAACUCUACCACCGGGAGUGGGACCCGAUAUCCGACUUGGUAGCUGAGCCAUAUGCUAAUGACUAACUGGGAAAUAAAGAAAUAAACCUUUUUAAAAAACUAUUCCCGUUCCUAUCGAGAUGCUGCUGCAAUAAUAGCGUUCGGAGAUUAGAUUACCGUGUGUGUUGGGUAGGUGGACACAGAGACUGCAUCAGUGUGUGAUUAGGAGACACGGCGAGCAGAGCAGACCAGGGAGAUAAAGAAAUCGCGGGAUAAGACAUUUGUGGUCCUUUUUAUGUUAUAGAUUUCAAUCGAGAUGUAGCCUUAUCCCGUUCGUAUCGAAGGAGUCGUGGAUAUUCUUAUAGCUUUCAUUUAGCUACAUCCUCCCACGAUAUUGACAGAAUGAGGCUUGGUCUCCUGGUGGGAAAAUAACAAAAAAUUCCAAGAUGUGGAUACCAACAGAAGAGGAAAAGAAUCGGAGUUGUGAUCUGCAACUUCCGGAGCUCAGUAUGUCAGGCCCUGGUUCUGGAGAUAGGAGAGACUGUGCAGAUCAUGGAGAAGACUGAAGGCUGGUACAGAGGGUUUUCCACCAAGAAGCCUUCCAUCAAGCAGGGUAUAUUCCCAGCCAGCUAUGUCCACCUGAAGAAAUCCACAGUCAGCAACAGAGGGGUGUGUGAGAUGGUGGUGCCUCUGGAAGACCCUAUCAUCACUGAGACGACCUCCACCCUGCAGGAAUGGGGCGUGCUGUGGAAGCAACUCUACGUGAAGCACAAGGUGGACCUGUUCCACAAGCUGCGUCAUGUGAUGAAUGAGCUCAUCGACCUGCGCCGGCAGCUCAUCCAGGGUCAGCUGGCCCAGGACCAGACCAGAGAGAUCAAACGCCACAUCACUGUGCGCCUGGACUGGGGCAACGAGCACCUUGGCUUGGACCUUGUUCCUAGAAAGGAGUUUGAAAUGGUGGAUCCGGAUAAUAUCAGUGUAUCUGAACUCUACAAAAUGCAUGCAUCCAGCCGACACAGUGGCCAGCCAAGCACAAACCAGUGUUCGUCGUCCGUUCGUUCUCAGGGCGACAGCAUGCGUCAGCGUCAUGGAGAUGGUUGCCAUGUUCCGGUGCAGCACCACCUCUUCAUCAACCUGAAGAGCUUCACCUAUAACACCAUCAGUGAGGACGCAGACGUCUUCUUCUCCCUCUACGACACCCGCGACAACAAACAGAUCAGUGAGAAGUUUAUGGUGAGACUAAACAAAAAUGGAGGGCCAAAGAACCCAGAGAAAGUGGACCGUCUGUGCGCUCUCUUCACGGAUCUGAGCAGUAAAGACCUGAAGAGAGACCUAUACAUUGUGACACAUGUCAUACGAACUGGUCGUAUGUUGUUGAAUGACUCAAAGAAGGGUCUGCCCCACGUGCAGUACAGGAGACCGUACGGCUGUGCUGUUCUGGCCAUGAGUGACGUGUUCCACACCAUCACUGACCUCAAAGAGGAGAAGGACUUUGUGCUCAAAGUUUACACAUGUAAUAAUGAGAACGAGUGGUUUCAGAUCCACGAAAACAUCAUUCGCAAGUCCAGCACCAAGUACUCGGCUCCUAGCACCAACUACGGCCUCAUCAUCUCUCUACAGCUGCUGCGGGGGGAGCUGGAUCAGAUCAGGAGGGAGAACCAGGCUGUGUUCAGCAGGGCUCUGGCCAUCACACGCAAACUGGGCUUCCCUGAUGUCAUCAUGCCAGGUGACACUCGUAAUGACCUGUACCUGACCCUGGAGCGAGGGGACUUUGAGAGGGGGGGCAAGAGUGUCCAGAAAAACAUUGAGGUCACUGUGUAUGUGCUUUACGCCGAUGGGGACACACUUAAGGACUGUAUCAGUCUGGGUAGUGGGGAGCCCAACACCAGUGAGCACCGCUCCUUUGUCCUGUACCACAACAACAGCCCUCGCUGGAGUGAGAUGAUUAAACUACCCAUCCCCAUAGACCACUUCAGAGGAUCACACCUGCGCUUUGAGUUCAGACACUGUUCCACUAAAGACAAAGGGGAGAAGAAGCUGUUUGGGUUUGCCUUCACUCCUCUGAUGAGGGAGGAUGGGACCACGCUGUCAGACGAGAGUCAUGAGCUCUAUGUCUAUAAGUGUGAUGAGAAUGCAACGUUCAGUAACCAGGGCCUAUACCUGAGCAUGCCCUGCUGUAAGGAGGACUUCAACAGCUGCCCCAACCUGCCCUCCACCCUGCCCUUCCAGAGGAACCCCAAGGAGACCUUCUGGGUCUCCACACAGCUCUGCUCCACCAAGCUCACUCAGAACGUGGACCUCCUGGCUCUGCUGAACUGGAAAGCCCAUCCUGACAGGGUGUUAGACAUCCUGGGUCGACUACGCCACAUCAAUGGAGAGGAUAUUGUAAAGUUCCUACGAGAUGUCCUGGAUACACUAUUUUGUCUCCUGGAUGACAACACAGAUAAAUACGGACCACUGGUUUUCCAGUCAUUGGUGUUUAUCAUCAACCUGCUCAGGGACAGUCGUUUCUACCACUUCCGGCCUGUGAUGGAGGCCUACAUACAGAACCACUUUGCAGGAGCUCUGGCCUACAAAGAGCUGAUUCGCUGUCUGAAGUGGUACAUGGACCGCUCUGCUGAGGUUGUCAGACAGGAUCACAUCCAGGAGGCCAUGAGGGCUCUGGAGUACCUGUUGAAGUUUAUCAUCCAGUCUCGGAUCCUGUACUCGCGGGCGACCUGUGGUAUGGAGGAGGAGCUGUUCAGAGCCAGCAUCCAGGAGCUCUUCCAGUCCAUCCGCUUUGUGUUGAGUCUGGACAGCCGCAGCUCUGAGACCCUCGUCUUCACACAGGCGGCGUUAUUGAACAGUUUCCCAGACAUCUUUGACGAGCUGCUGCAGAUGUUCACGGUGCAGGAGGUGGCUGAGUACGUCCGGGGCACCCUGGGGAGCAUGCCCAGUACGGUGGAUAUCGGUCAGUCUAUGGACGUGGUCAAACUGCAGUCCAUCGCCCGCACCGUCGAGAGCAGGCUCUUCUUCUUCCCUGAGUCUCGUAGUAUUUUGCUGCCGGUGGUCCUGCAUCACAUCCACCUGCACCUGCGCCAGCAGAGGGAGCUGCUGAUCUGCUCAGGAAUCCUCACCAGCAUCUUCUCCAUCAUCAAGACCAGCGCUAUGGAGUCUUCUGUUCAGGAGGAGGUAGAGAUGAUGGUGGAGAGCCUGUUGGAUGUUCUGCUCCAGACUCUGUUGUCCAUCAUGUCCAAGUCUCAGUCUCUGGAGACAGCUAGGGGGCAGCGCUGCCCCCAGUGCACGGCUGAGAUCACGGGGGAGUAUGUGUCCACUCUGCUGUCCCUACUCAGACAAAUGACAGAGGUCCACUUCCACCACCUGCUCAACAACUUCCACAGCAAAGAGGAACUCAAGGAGUUCCUGUUGAAGAUCUUUUGUGUGUUCCGGAACCUGAUGAAGCUCACCAUCUUCCCCCGAGACUGGAGUGUCAUGAGGCUUCUGACCAGUCAUGUCAUUGUGGUGACAACACAGUACCUGUCCCCAGCGUUACAGAAGAACUUCUCCGAGGUGGAUUUUGACUUCAAGGUGUGGAACUCUUUCUUCAGCCUGACGGUCCUGUACAUCAACCAGCCCAGUCUGCAGCUGGAGCCCCUGACCCAGACCAAGAGGAAGAAAGUCCUGGACAAGUAUGGAGAUAUGAGGGUGAUGAUGGCCUAUGAGCUCUUCAGCAUGUGGCAGAAGCUUGGUGAGAAUAAGCCCCACUUUAUCCCUGGAAUGAUGGGUCCAUUCCUGGGAGUGACACUCGUGCCUCAGAGUGAGGUCCGGAAUAUCAUGAUUCCCAUCUUCCAUGACAUGAUGGACUGGGAGCAGAGGCAGAACGGCAACUUCAAACUGGUGGAAGCAGAGUUGAUGGACAAGCUGGAGAGUAUGGUGUCAGAUGGGAAAGGGGAUGUCAAUCACAGAGAGCUCUUUGGUCUGCUGACCCAGUUGUUUGGGCCUUACCCCAGCCUACUUGAGAAAAUUGAGCAGGAGACGUGGAGAGAGACGGGCAUCUCAUUUGUCACCUCUGUCACGAGACUGAUGGAGCGCCUGCUAGAUUACAGGGAGUGUAUGAAAGGAGAUGAAAUGGAGAACAAGAAAAUGGGUGGCUCUUCCAACCUCAUGAAUUUCUACAAAUCUGAGGUUAACAAGGAGGAGAUGUACAUCCGUUACAUCCACAAGCUGUGUGACCUGCACCUGCAGGCAGAGGACUACACAGAAGCAGCAUUCACCCUGCUUCUGUACUGGGAGCUGCUGCACUGGGAGGACCGGCCCCUCAGGGAGUUCCUCCACUACCCCACACAGAGCGAGUGGCAACGCAAGGAGGGCCUCAGUCGCAAAGUCCUCCACUAUUUCAACAAGGGAAAGUGUUGGGAAUAUGGAAUAUCACUCUGUCGGGAACUGGCUUUCCAGUAUGAAACCUUAUAUGAUUACCAGAGUCUGAGCUGGAUAAGGAAAAUGGAGGCUGCGUACUAUGACAACAUCAUAGAACAGCACAGGAUUGAACCAGAGUUCUUCAGGAUGGGCUUCUAUGGCAGGAAGUUUCCUUUUUUCCUCAGGAAUAAGGAGUUUGUGUGCCGGGGUUAUGACUAUGAACGACUAGAGGACUUCCAGCAAAGGAUGCUGGGAGAAUUCCCACAGGCCAUUGCCAUGCAGCACCCCAACCAACCAGAUGACGCCCUCCUACAGAGUGAUGCUCAGUACCUGCAGAUCUAUGCGGUGACUCCAGUGUCAGACAUUACUGACGUGCCUCAGCUGGAGCGCGUCCCAGAGAGGAUCAAGAGCUUCUAUCGCAUCAACAACGUCACGCGUUUUCACUUCGACAGACCCUUCCACAAGGGACCCAAGGACAAGGAGAAUGAGUUCAGGAGCCUGUGGAUUGAGAGAACCACCCUGAUUCUGUCUCGUCCCCUCCCUGGAAUCUCCCGAUGGGCUGAGGUGGAGAGGAGAGAACUGGUGGAGGUGAGCCCUCUGGAGAAUGCCAUCUACGUGGUGGAGAAUAAGACCCAGGAGCUGCGGACCCUGAUCAGCCAGUACCAGCACAGGCAGCACCAUGGCAACACCAACCCCCUCAGCAUGCUGCUCAACGGGGUCAUAGAUGCUGCAGUCAACGGGGGCAUCUCCAGAUACCAGGAGGCAUUCUUUGAUAAGGACUACAUCAACAGUCAACCAGAGGACGCAGAGAGGAUCACUCAGCUAAAUGACCUAAUGCAGGAACAGGUUCACAUCCUUGGAGUGGGGCUGGCUGUCCACGAGAAGUUGGUGCACCCAGAAAUGCGUCCUCUGCACAAAAAGCUGAUAGAUCAGUUCCACGUGAUGAGGGCUGGUUUACACCAGCAGGGAUUGCCAGCGGCCUGCACAGGGGUCAACUCUACCAGAGGCAUCCUGACCACUCACAGCCACAUGAGCCCAGAGAGUGUUCGUCUGAUAAACAGACACAGCCCUAUGAACAUGCAGUGUUCUAUACGCCAGUCCUCCUCCUCUCUCUCUUCUCACACCUCCAGCGAGGCAGGAGGAAACCUGGUCAUCCUGACAGACGGCCUGAUGGGAGAGCCCCAUGAGGAUAUGGCACACAUGCAGCCAAGCCCCUCCUCCUCCAGUCUGAGCUCCAUUCGCUCCACCUCCUCCCAGAUAAACAACUCCGCCCCUUCCAGCGCUAGAGGCUCUCCGUCCCUACCGGAUAAAGCCAAACACAACCGGGAGGUGAUGAUUCUGCUGCCUCCUCACCAGAGAGCUAACAACACCAUGUACUACAGCGUGACUGACAACGGACAGAGCAACAAUUUGCAGCGUGCCUUACUCCAACAAGUGAGCCCCUGUAAGCCAUGCAUUGACCCUCACAUGGGCUUGCCAGAGAAAGUGUUCCCUAGUGCCCCCAGCAGCUGGAGUCUAGAUGCGGAGGGUAGGGAGACAGUGCCCUACAUCCAAGGACCUACAGGGGGCAUUAUCAUGCCCCCCGUUCCACCCAGGUCCUUCCCACCAGGUCACUUCCUGAUGCACUUUGAUGCUUUCCACCACCAGAACAGUGACCCACCCCCAGCCCUGCCCAUUCGCGCUCUCAGAAAGUCUCCUCUCCACCCCAUACCAGGCUCCCCUACCAGUCCUCAGUCAGCCCUGGGGGGCAGUAACUCCACCCUUUCGGGCAGUGCCAGCAGUGGCGUCUCCUCUCUGAGUGAGAGUAACUUUGGGGGCCAGUACCCUGAUCCCCCCGUGCGGAAUGAUGCCAUGGAGCCCGUCCCCAGCCACCUGUGGACCCCUGAUGAGUACCUGGACUCUCCUUACCUCCACAUCCACUACAGUGGGCAAGAAGCAGAGUCCCUCGACCAGGUCCGACCCUUCCACUAUCGCAACCCCGUCUCACACCCCCACCCUCACCCCCACUCUCAUCCCCAAACGGCCGGCCUCGACGGUCACCCCCACCCUAACUCCCACCCCCACUCUCACACCCAACCGGCCGGCCUCGACGGUCACCCCCACCCUCACUCCCACAUGCCCACCCACCACCAGAUACCACUCCACGGCCCCCACCGCAUUCCUUACCGGCGCCCCCAGCCCCCAGCCGUGCCCCCCAAGCCCUACCUGAGGGAGGGGUGCAUCCCUGAGGAGGACCUAAGUUCCCUGGUGCCCCAGCCCAUCCCCCUGCCUCGGAGAAUCUUCCACUCCCCCCACAGCCACAGAGAGGAGCAAGCCAAGGCUGCCUGGGAGCAGUGCAUCAGCGAGGAACACGAGGAGACACCAUGAGGAGACCGUCUCUGGCUUAAUAGUCUAAAGUGGCUCCCUCCCCCCGUCUCCUUUCCUUCAGCUGCAUCGAUGUGAAAGGACAUGGGCUGUGGAAUCAUGCAAAUACAUUGUAGGCAUUGACCAUAUUGCUUUCAUGCUUUCAUCCUUCCCAUGUUUUCAUAUCAGUGCAGAUAAAGGGGAGGAAACAAGGAGAGGAAUCCACUUUAGGCUAUUGAGAUACGCCCUCACUCUUCUCACUGUAUUCAGAUGGUCUGAUUCUGAAUGGAGGAGGCAGCCUCAUAGGAAUGAAUAAGGGAAAUAUUGUCUGUUGGACAAUGUGACCGAUAAUAAUGACUUUGUUUAAAUGAAUAUUGAUUGUACACUCUUGUACAACUAGUCUGUGAGCAUGUUUAGUUUAUUUUCAUUUGAGAACAAUAUACAGCCGUUUUGUGAAACAGGACAAUCUCGAUCAACAUGAUCAACUGAUACAAGCCCCGAAAGGAUUCCCCUCCCUUUUCCACAACAAAAGGCAACUACAGAAAGUUAUAUUCUUAGUAAAGUGAUGUUGUCUUUUCUGCUUUCAAUGCUUCAUAUAUCUAUCCUAUUAUUUUGAUAGCUUUACUACAGUAUGUAUUGGGUUUUCAAAUACACUUUCCAUGCUCUUUUUCUUUUUACAAAACACUGUAUAGUCCUUCACCAUAUAGCAUUCUCCAAUACUCUGUUCUGAUACAUGGUUCUCAUUGAAAGCAGGUCUGUUUUUUGACCUGGGUCACUCUUCUUGACCCAAUCCUCAAGGGACAUAUAAACCUCAGUUUAGGAGUAUUCAUCCAUACAGUACGUAUGGAAAACCAAUGUGAAUGUAUUCAAACAAGAUGUGCUAUUUGUAUUACUCAAGUGGCAGGUCUUCUUUUCUGUUCAAGUGCUUUUAUAUUUAAGUUAUGUCUUUAUUCCAGUCUUCUAAUAUUUUGUGUACCAGAUAGAAAUAUCUCAUGAGAGGAGCAUGAGUGUUCCCCAGACUGACAGAUCUGAUCAAUCCUUGGGAGGGGUACAGGGAAGGGGUGAAAUUGUCAGGUGCCACAGUGAGUUCUGGAACAACAGUGAGUUCCAAUUUCAGUUGCACAGGUUGAGCUGGAUCCAAUAGGACUGGAUCGAUCCCUGAAAGGAGAUGGCGAUGGAGAGUAAGCUGCAGUAAGAUGAGAAGUAACAAAGAAUAAUGACUCAACAGUACCUCAAUCUCAGAAAACCUGGAUCACACCUUCUCUCUGCCUCUAUAUGUUUCAGGCCAAUGUCAACCAACAAGUACUAAAUACGGACCGUGUGUAAAAGGACUGAUGGCAAUGACAUUGCUUCUGUCUGAUUACAGUACAUCUUACCUGUUCUAUUGACCCCUACACCCUCUGCCCACCGAAUGGCAAAUCAAAAUUCCCCCAAACAGCGUUCUAAACGGCCACCUGCCUUAAGUGCACUGAAAUGCAGUAUCAAUCUCUCGCUCAGACAACUCACUGGAUUGGUUCUGAGAAACUCCUGAAAUGACAGCUCUCCUUUCUCAUCACGUUCUCGACACUCUACGAACAAAGCAGAUAAUAUCAACAUGUGACAUCUGUUUUGUCCUGCCUUGGUUGAAGAUGGUUGUUUGGUUUGUGGUGCUACAGUAAUACUUUCAGUAUGCUUAGUUCUGCCUGCAUCUCCUCUUCAACCUGAUCUGCAAUAUGGAGAUGUUUGUGUAUAGAAGAUGAGUAUGAGAAGCUCAGACAGGACCAUGAAGUUGAUCUCCUUGGGGAAUGAAGGUACAACAGACAGUUAGCUGAGAUGUAACAUAUAACUCACCACCAGUGGGUUAGAAAGUGGAGGUCAGUGUUCCAACGACAGCUCUUUGUUUCACACAGUCGUUUUCUGCAGGUGACUGAUCGGCUUUGUGUUCUUGUACAUCAGGUUCUCCACUGAUCAGACAACAUCUAUUUUUGUAUGCAGGUUCAUCAGUGUUCACUUUUUUCACUGAUGUACCAUGAAAGGAUGCAGGGUAUGUUUAGCAGUGGAAUUAGUAUGGAAGAGCAGAGCUAUAGAUUAAAUAAGAUUAAUAUCAGGUUUAGGGGCAAGCUGAUGUUGAGGAGAAGUGCGAUACUCAGAUCAAAUAUAGGUACAAUAGAAUUUUUCAAUGUAAAUUCUGUUACUGUACAUACAGCGGUAUUGUGAAAUAUUUUUGAGAAUUAUUGCAGACCCCCUAAAAUAAUUGUAUUGUUGUUUUGUGUAAAUACAUGUACUCCAGAAAUCGAUGUAAUUGAUGAAUAUCUAUAAUCAAUGUUUAAAGAUGACCAAUCCAUUAGACUGUGGUUGUCUGCAUUGUUGACUUCAAAUCUUAAAAUAUAAAUACUUUAUACACUUUUCAAUGUGCUUUCUUGUACAUAUGGUGUUAGCAUGAUCAAACAGUGUUUGGUUGUAAAAGUGGUUUUCCUACUCCCAUAACUGCUGUGGUAUGGAUUCGUUAACAAUGCCAAACAUUAAAGACAAUCUUUUAUCA